AUUCUGAUUAUUAUCCUUAGGGCAAAGUUGCCCUAAAACUCGAUUUUGUGUUGCUUCCUUGAUGAUCUGGCCUGAACUCUUUCUCUGUCUCGACAUAUCUCAGAGAUGCUACGACACAAGGGACAUCGAGGUCAUAGAGCAUGUUGGUCGGAUUCCGAUGGUCCCCAAUCCAAAUUUGUCAAGUAUGAUUCUGAAAGUGUGGAGGAUUUUACCAAAGACGGACGGAAUUACUUUGAAUCGGUGUUCAGAGUCCGCAGAUCUGUUGUAUUCCUUGCCGCUACUACUGAGGGAAGGCAUAUGUUUUGCUCAGGAACAAUGGUUGAUCAUGUGGGCAAUGAAACGUGGAUACUUACCUCUGCUACUUUGGUUAGAAAACCAGGCACUCAGUUUGAGGCCUACAAACAAGGCGCCAUUAAGAUCGAAGUGGUUCUGCACAAUGAACAAACUGUUGAAGGGUCCCUAGCAAUGUGUAAUUUGCAUUAUAAUGUUGCCAUUGUGACUAUUAAGUCUUCGGAGUCUCGGAUAUAUCUUCCUGUGGUGGAACUCAGUGACCUCCCAGAACGUUAUUCCUUGCAGCCUAGGCCUGUAGUUGCUCUAGGUCGGGACAUCGACUCAAAAGCUUUUCUGAUGAGGCAUGGCUAUCUGGUCCGUAAAAAGAGCGAGUUAGACUGCAAUGAGCUCUUGGUCUGUACGUGUGAUGUCAGUCAGCAUUCCUGGUACUUCAUUUCAAACAUGGAAAACAAAGUUAAAUAUGAGCAUGUCAUAUUAGUUAUAGUGUGA